AUGGCGACUUCAUCUCACUCCAAGUCUAACAUCUCCAAGGACGGGGAUGUCCACCAAAUCGUUGGUGGCGAUGAGUUGGAAGUUGGCCGGAUAGUCGAUGCGCGUGAGGCGAAACGACAAAUCGGCAUACCGACUGCGAUCUUCCUGAUCGUAAACCGCAUCAUCGGCACCGGAAUAUUCGCCACGCCGAGUACGAUUCUGGGUCUCUCCGGCAGUGUUGGCCUCUCGUUAUUCAUGUGGGUCGCUGGCAUGCUGAUUGCCCUGGCUGGAACCGCGGUGUUUAUGGAAUUCGGUACGGCUAUUCCCAAGAACGGCGGCGAGAAGAACUACUUGGAAUACGUCUGGCGGAAGCCUAAGUUCCUGACCACGGGACUCUACACGGGCUAUGUUAUACUCUUGGGCUGGGCUAGUGGCAACUCGGUCGUAUUCGGCGAAUACAUUCUACAUGCUGCCAACGUCGAGGUCGACCGGUGGAACCAGCGCGGCAUUGGUCUGGCUUGCGUGACGUUCGCCUUCCUAAUCCACGGCCUGGCCUUGAAGUGGGGUCUGCGACUCCAGAACUUUCUCGGAAGCAUUAAGAUCAUCAUCAUCCUGAUCAUGGUCUUCGCCGGCUGGGCCGCUCUCGCUGGCCGCGUUAAGCUCGACACGAAACCCGACAACUUCUCGAACGCCUUUGAGGGAACGACAGGGAGCGCCUACGGCGUCGUCACGGCGCUGUACAACGUCAUCUGGAGUUAUGUCGGCUACAGCAACGCCAACUAUGCCCUCAGCGAGACCAAGAACCCCGUCCGGACGCUUAAAAUCGCAGCUCCUCUCGCCGUCGGCGUUAUUGGUGUCUUGUACAUGCUGGUCAACAUUUCUUACUUCGCCGCUGUGCCCAAGGAGGAAAUGCUCGCUGCUAAGCGACUGGUCGCCGCGUCUCUCUUCCGCAACGUGAUGGGCCCGACCGCCGAGCGAGCUCUUUCUGUCUUUGUUGCGCUGUCCGCUCUGGGCAACGUUCUAAGUGUGAUCUUCUCGCAAGGACGUCUGGUACAAGAGCUGGGUCGUGAGGGUAUCCUGCCGUUUUCGAAGUUCUGGGCCAGCAACCGACCCCUGAACGCUCCCUUCCCUGGCCUGAUGUGGCACUGGCUUAUCUGUGCUAUCACUAUACUGGCGCCGCCACCGGGUGAUGCAUACAAUUUCAUUCUAAAGCAAGUCCUCCUUCAACAAUCUCUGAUCUCCUAUCCCUUGGCCAUCGUCAACGCCUUCGUUGCAGCCGGCCUGGUGUGGCUCUACAUCAAGCGGGACGAAUGGAACUGGCACCCUCCCUUCAGCGCUACCCUGCCCGUCGUCGUAUUCUUCAUGCUCAGCAACAUCUAUCUCGUCAUCGCCCCAUUCGUGCCUCCAGAAGAGGGCCAGAACGUUUACGAGUCCCUGCCUUACUGGAUCCACUGCGUGGUCGGAUUUGGUGUCAUCUUCGCCGGGGGUGUCUAUUGGCUUAUAUGGGCCAAAAUUCUGCCCAAGAUCGGAAAGUACCAGCUCGUGCGGGAGACUGUUGUCGACGACAUUGAUGGAUGGGAUAGGGCUGUGUUCGUGAGGAAGCCGCUUGGCACGGUGGUCUCUGACGAAAGCGAUGUACCCCAUUAUGGGCCGUUGUAA